CCACCAUCACUCCCUUCCUCUCCUUUCUCUCUCUUUCUUUUUUCCAAUUCGCACGCAACCCUAUCCUUUUACGUGUUCCUUAUUCUUUUUUUUUUCGUUUUUUCAUUUUGUUUUUCUUCUUUCGCAAACACAUCCGCCGAUAACCCAUCAUGAUUGCUGAAGGCUCGGUCCUAACACCUGGCAGGUUGCUUGUCGCAACAUUACUUCUACCAGACACUAUCUCCUUCCAAGUCCCCGCCCGCGACAAGGAUGGCCGCUUCAAGUCCGGCAGUAAGGGCUCGUCCUUACCCAAUACUGCUGGAAACACUACCCUGUCCUCCUCUUCGGCCCAGCCUCGACCUGCCGCCUCAAUCCACUCUCUGGCCGCUGUUGACACCUCGAACGGAGCCAUGUCGGAUCACAUCCAGCGAUCAAUUCCCCCGCAACGUGUCGCACCCACUAAAAUGGCCCUGCAGCCUACCAGCAUUCUCUUGCCUCCGCUACCAACAGCGCCUAGGUUCUUCCGAAGUACGUCCUCCGUCGGCGAGGCUGUCACCACAGUACCUAAGCCCAUCACCAAAAAAGCUGAUCGACUCAAGGAUCAGGAUCGUCCCGCACUGCACCAAAGGGCAUCGUACCAUGGCCAUCUGGCAACUCCGCCGCCAUCUAUUCUUGCCCCUCCCUCUGACAGUAAAGUAGGCUUAGGGAACGUCUUCCCCGAAGCAGCACCACGUCCGCCUUUGAAUCAGCCCCGCAGCAGGAUCGGAGAUCACCCUACCAUUAACAUCCACAAGACGCAGCCACACCGACGCCCUUCAAUUGAUUCCGCCAAGGUGUUUGCAGAGGCUCCAUGGACUGUCGAGAAGGCCACCAGUGGCAACAUUGGUCUCCACAACGCAGUGAAUUCGAUUCAAGGUCAGCUAUCCAAGAGGAUCUGGAUUGGCACGCUGGGCAUGGCUACCGACACUUUGAACGAUCGAACACGAGGCGAUAUCAAGGCAGAGUUGGCGCUCGAUCACAGUUCCAUCCCUGUCUUUGUCAAUGACUUGGAUUUUGAAGGACACUAUCACCAGUUCUGCAAACAGAUCCUCUGGCCCAUCUUCCACUAUAUCCUGCCCGACAACCUCAGGAGCAAGACCUAUGAGGACGGAUCUUGGAAGCAUUACGUCGCCGUGAACCGAGCGUUUGCGGAUACGAUCGUCGAAAAUUAUCGUCAGGGUGACACAAUUUGGGUGAACGACUAUCAUCUGAUGCUGGUCCCCAACAUGAUCCGCGAGCGCCUUCCCGAUGCGUCCAUUGGGUUCUUUUUGCAUAUCCCUUUCCCCAGCUCUGAGAUCUUUAGAUGCUUGCAUGUGCGUAAGGAGGUCCUGCAUGGCCUGCUGGGAGCUGAUCUUGUUGGUUUCCAAACCUACUCCUUUGCUCGCCAUUUCCUCCAGACAUGCUCACGUAUCCUCGCGGUCGAAUCCAGUCCAAAGGGAAUCCAAUUGGAAAAUACUGCAGUCAACGUUGGCAUCUUCCCUAUUGGCAUCGAUACCAAAAGCCUCAAUGUCAAACGCCAGGACCCUGAAGUUGCACAGUGGGUCAAGGUGCUUAAGGAGAAAUAUGCCGGCAUGAAGUUGAUUGUAGCACGCGACAAGUUGGAUUAUAUCAAGGGUGUCCGUCAGAAGAUGCUUGCCUUUGAGCGCUUCUUGAACCUUUAUCCCGAAUGGCAAGGAAAGAUCGUAUUGAUCCAAGUCGCUCUGUCUACUUCGGAGCAGAAUGAGUUCCAGGGUCAAGUUUCGGAUGUGGUCACCAGGAUCAACUCCAAGUUCAGCAGUCUCUCGUACCAACCCAUUGUGUUCUUGCGCCAGGAUAUCACCUUUAGUCAGUACCUCGGACUUCUCACAGCGGCUGAUCUGUGCUUGAUCACCUCGCUCCGCGAUGGAAUGAACCUCACAUCGCACGAGUAUAUCAUUUGUCAAGAGGAGACAAAAAAUCCAUUGAUCCUUAGUGAGUUUGCUGGAACGUAUGGAAGUUUUGGUGCCUGCUUGAGGAUUAACCCUUGGAACUAUACUGAAGUUGCUGAGGCCAUCCAUGAAGGUCUGAUGAUGAAGGAUGACGAGAAAGCACUUCGCUGGAACGAGUUGCGUAAGCACGUCUGCACCAACACGGCUCAGUUCUGGGCAACAGAUUUUGUUUCCGAACUGAUUAAGGUCCACGGAGAUGUGCAACGUCGUUACUCGAUCCACAUUCCCCUCCUAAACAUGCAAGUUGUAUUGCCUCAGUUCCAAUCCACCAAACGAAGACUUUUGCUAUUGGACUAUGACGGCACCCUACUGCCUUACGAGCGGCUUUCUACUGUCCGAACAAAGGGAAAGACGUCUCAUGGGGAUAUGAUCAAGGUCGUUACGCAGCUUGCUAAGGAUCCGAGAAAUCUUGUCUACAUCAUGAGCGGUCGGACACGGGAGAGUCUGGACGAGGUCUUUAGCGGCAUUGAAAAUAUUGGCCUUUGUGCGGAAGGCGGAUGUUUCCUCAAGCCAGUAGGCAAGUCAGCUUGGGAGGACCAAGUUCAAGAGGGCACUGACAUGCAGUGGCGUAAGAAAGUCAUGGAGAUGUUUGAAUACUACAAGGAAAGAACGCCGGGAUCUGAGAUCGAGGAGAAGGCCAUACCGAUUGUCUGGCAUUACCGCCAGGCCGAUAAUCCGAGCUACGGACUGUGGCAGGCACGCGAGUGCCAGAAUCACAUCGAAGAGGCGAUCGGAUCCAUCUACCCUAUCCACGCUGUUGUUGGCCGUAAAUGUUUGGAGGUGAUGCCUCGGGAUGUCAGUAAGGCGCACGCGACCAAGACGAUUGUGGAGACUCUUCGCCAACAGUACGGCGAGGAUGCGAUGGACUUUGUCCUGUGCAUCGGCGAUGACCGCUCGGACGAAGACAUGUUUGUAUAUUGCAAUGGCUUGAAUCUUGGCGACGAGCACCGCGUUGUGACCUGCACAGUGGGAUCUAAGAGCUCCGAGGCACGGUGGUUCGUUCCCGGAGUAUGGAGCGUGCUGCAGGGACUCCAGGUGAUGGCGGACGUAGAACAAGCAUCAGCAUAAGGCGUUCGGCAUUCCAAGGAGCUUCCUUGCUUACUUCGCUUUUUAGUCUCAUUUUCAGAACCCAAUAAAUAAGUGCAAAUGAUCGCC